UAGAGCACAAUUAUUAUUUAUUUCAUUUUCGACAAAAUAACAACCGGUCCAAGUUCAGUGAUGAACAAUUAGUUAUAUCCUUCCUGUAUCUCCUCAUAACCAUCUAAUUCGAAAUGACAUCCGCGGAGGAAGUGGACACUGUGAUUACCGCAAAGCAAGCGCUCAUGUACGCUCUCGGCGAGAAGUGGACAGUGUAUUUGGCCAAUAUGAAACUGUGGUUCCGGAAGAAAUCAUCCAAGGAGGAGUUUGAUUUGGAAUGUCGUAAACUGUUCAGCUCGGACCAGAUGCAUCUGCACAAUAAGUUCCUGCUGGCUAUCUUGAACAAAAUCGAUGCCGUGUCACCUCCGCAAAGUGUCAGUUACGGCGCGGAAAGCACCCACGGUAAAAGUAGUGGAAGUUCGAAGAAACGUAAGCGUUCCUCGAAGUCCUCCUCGGAUCGAGCUACGUUUGAGCCAGCCACGGUGCACGAUUUUAUUCCGAAGGAACUGCUGGAUUAUGAACAGGUCGCCAGUCAGAGUGCCACCAUUCCGACUAUACGUUAUGCCGUGCAGGAACUCUUUCUGCCCGAUAACGGUUUGGUCCUGGGGAGGCUGCUGGUUGGUGCCUGGGAAAAUGGAUUGCUCAAUGUGGAAGAAAAUGCGGUUGAUUUAAUAGUCCAAUCGGUGCAAGUGCUGCUUAAAAACGUCCUCAUGGCAGUGAUAACGAGACGGAAGCAUUUCCGCAGCACCGCAAAUGGAACUUUUGCUUACGAUGUGGGCUGUCCGUUGCCACAUCCGUUUAUUCGAAACACCGUUACCAAGACCAAAGUGGACGAUGAGCCAAUGGAGUUGGACAAGGAAAUGACCACUCUCACCUAUCUUAAACCACCGGCGGGUGAUUCAAUGUUUUUAGCCUCUUGUGAGGAACCGUACGCAAACCAAUUCAAAAAGAUUAGCGUAUACGAUGUAUAUAAAACUUUGCUGAACCGACACAUCAUCCCCUCACAUUCGGUUUAUUCCAUGAAUAUGGAGAGGAUAUCCAGCCUGCUCUCUUGAACGACCCGUUCCACUUACGUUUUAAGACUACUGUUGUUCUAUGACUCAUCGGUAUGAUUAAAUAAAAAACCAAGC